AUUCGAUACGAGAUUACGAGCGGUAACAUAGGCGGUGCAUUCGCUGUCAAGAACAUGACAGGCGCGAUUUACGUAGCCGGCGCCCUUGAUUACGAGACUAGGAAACGGUACGAGUUGACGCUGGUGGCUUCGGAUGGGCGCAACGAGAACUCAACGCACGUUGUCAUACGGAUACUGGAUGUCAACGACCUGCCGCCCAAAUUUACGCGCACUGUCUACGUCACGCAGAUUCUCGAAGAGACAGGACCCUUCCCACGUUCCCUUAUACAGGUAACUGCAACCGACGGCGAUAAAGAUAGGCAGCAAAACAUUGUCUAUUUUCUGACUGGUCAAGGCAUCGACCCAGACAAUCCUGCAAACAGUAAAUUCGACAUUAAUCGCACUACGGGAGAGAUAUUCGUAUUAAAAUCCUUGGAUCGUGAUCAACCAAAUGGCCGACCGCAAUGGAGAUUCACUGUAUUUGCACAAGACGAAGGCGGUGAAGGACUCGUGGGCUACGCAGACGUUCAAGUUAAUCUAAAAGAUAUUAAUGAUAAUGCGCCUAUUUUCCCUCAAGGCGUAUACUUUGGUAAUGUUACGGAAAAUGGUACAGCUGGGAUGGUUGUUAUGACGAUGACGGCUAUAGAUUACGAUGAUCCAGCUGAAAGUAAUAAUGCGAAGCUUUGGUACUCUAUAGAAAAAAAUGUUAUUGAAGAAGAGACAGGAUCGCCUAUAUUUGAGAUCGAGCCAGAAACUGGUGUAAUAAAAACUGCUGUCUGUUGUCUAGAUCGAGAAAGAACCCCAGAUUAUUCAAUUCAAAUAGUAGCAUCAGAUGGAGGCGGUCUAAAAGGAACUGGUACAGCAUCAAUUAGAGUUAAGGACAUAAAUGAUAUGCCGCCUCAGUUUACUAAAGACGAAUGGUUUACAGAAGUAGAUGAAACAGACGGAACUAAUUUACCAGAAAUGCCCAUCUUAACUGUGACCGUUCACGAUGAAGAUGAAACUAAUAAAUUUCAGUAUAAAGUUAUUGAAAAUAGCGGUUAUGGUGCUGAUAAGUUUACUAUGGUUAGGAAUAAUGACGGGACAGGUUCAUUAAAAAUUGUACAGCCUUUAGAUUAUGAAGACCAGUUACAGAGUAAUGGUUUCAGGUUUAGAAUACAAGUUAACGAUAAAGGAGAAGAUAAUGACAAUGAUAAAUAUCAUGUAGCUUAUUCAUGGGUUGUGGUUAAACUUAGAGAUAUAAACGACAAUAAACCUCAAUUUGAAAGAGCCAAUAUUGAAGUAUCUGUGUACGAAAAUGCAGAGGUGGGUAAAAGCUUAGAAACCUUUAAAGCAACUGAUCCUGAUCAAGGAGGAAAAAGCAAAGUAUCUUACGCGAUUGACAGAUCGUCUGAUAGGAAAAGACAAUUUUCAAUCAACCAAGAAGGAACUGUCAGUAUACAAAGAUCAUUAGAUAGGGAAGAUACACCUCGACAUCAAGUAAAAAUUUUAGCUAUAGACGAUGGUGUUCCUCCACGAACAGCAACUGCUACUCUCACAGUUAUUGUACAGGACAUUAAUGAUAACGCACCGACAUUUUUGAAAGAUUAUCGACCUGUUUUAACGGAACAUAUUACACCAAAAAAAGUAGCCGAGAUUUUAGCUACAGAUGACGAUGACAGAUCUAAAAGCAACGGUCCACCAUUUCAAUUUCGUCUAGAUCCCGGUGCUGACGACAUAAUAAGAGCUUCUUUUAAAGUUGAACAAGAUCAAAAAGGAGCAAAUGGAGAUGGCAUGGCGAUUGUUUCUUCACUACGUUCUUUUGAUCGAGAGCAACAGAAGGAAUAUUUAAUUCCCAUAAUCAUCAAAGAUCAUGGGAAUCCUGCUAUGACUGGAACUAGUACUUUAACUGUAGUUAUUGGAGAUGUAAAUGAUAACAAGAUGCAACCAGGUUCCAAAGACAUCUUAGUGUAUAGUUAUCAAGGUCUGUCACCUGAUACUGAAAUUGGGCGUGUCUAUGUAUACGAUUUAGAUGAUUGGGAUUUGCCAGAUAAAAAAUUCUUCUGGGAAAAUACUGAAAAUCCGAAUUUCACUUUAAACGAAGAAACUGGUAUGAUUACAAUGAAACAAAAAACAAGAGAAGGAAGAUACCAUUUGAAAUUCAAAGUAUAUGAUAGAAAGCACACACAAACAGAUGUGCCUGCAAACGUAACUGUUUACGUUAAGGAAAUAUCACAUGAAGCCAUAAUAAACUCCGGUUCUAUUAGAAUAUCUGGAAUAUCUGAUGAAGAUUUUAUAAGAGUGUGGAAUUAUAAAACUCUCAGCGUUUCAAGAAGUAAAUUAGACAUAUUCAAAGAUAAAUUAGCGGAUCUUUUGAAUACGGAAAGAGAAAAUAUAGAUAUAUUUAGUGUUCAACUCAGGAAAAAACAUCCACCCGUAACUGAUAUUCGAUACGCUGCCCACGGAGCACAUUAUUAUAAACCAGUAAGAUUAAAUGGUAUUGUAUUGAUGCACAGAGAAGAGAUUGAAAGGGCGGUCGGAAUAAAUAUAACCAUGGUCGGAAUCGAUGAAUGUCUCUAUGAAAAUCAAAUGUGCGAAGGUUCAUGCACUAAUACAUUGGACAUAAGCAGCUUACCCUACAUGGUAAAUGCAAAUAAGACCGCUCUUGUUGGUGUGCGCGUUGAUGUCAUAGGACAGUGUACAUGCGGUGCACGUAAUUUUACUCAAGCUGAAACAUGUCGCAAUUCACCAUGCUAUAACGGCGGUAGGUGUAUUGACGGAAAAUAUGGACUAACUUGUUCAUGUCCACCUGGUUAUACUGGGCCGCGAUGUCAGCAAACGUCAAGGAGUUUCAGAGGAACGGGGUGGGCUUGGUACCCAUCUCUAGAAAUGUGUGAUGAUUCACAUCUAAGUUUUGAAUUUAUAACAAGAAAGUCCGAAGGUGUUUUAAUCUACAACGGACCCAUUGUUCCACCUGAGUCCGAAGAAAUCAUGGUAUCCGAUUUCAUAUCUAUAGAAUUAGAAAGAGGCAAUCCAAGAUUGUUGAUUGAUUUCGGAUCGGGUACCUUAGAAUUAAGAGUGAAAGCAAAGAAAUCUUUGGAUGAUGGAGAAUGGCAUCGAAUCGAUAUAUUUUGGGACACUGAAAACGUAAGAAUGAUUGUAGACUAUUGUAAAUCAGCUGAUAUCCAAGAAAUGGAAGAUGGCACUCCACCCGAAUUCGACGAUUCUACAUGUCAAGCAACUGGGACGAUUCCUCCAUUCAAUGAAUAUUUAAAUGUAAAUGCUCCACUUCAAGUCGGUGGUUUAUAUAUAGAACACUUUGACCCUACACAUUAUCACUGGCAGUAUAUGCCAAUCGGCAAAGGAUUUGACGGAUGUAUUCGUAAUUUGAUCCAUAACAGUAAACUGUAUGAUUUAGCUCAUCCGGGUCUUUCUCGAAAUUCAGUAGCAGGAUGCCCACAGACAGAGGAAGUGUGUAAUCAAGCUGAUACAACAUCUAGAUGCUGGGAGCACGGAACUUGUGUUGGGAGUUUUUCGGAAGCGAGAUGUCAAUGUCAGCCAGGUUGGACUGGUCCUUCGUGCAAUUUACCAACAACGCCCACCAGUUUCAGACCCCAAAGCUAUGUAAAAUUUGCUUUAAGUUUCGAACCGGACCGAUUUAGUACACAGAUUCAGUUGCGUUUUAGAACACGGGAGCCUCACGGUGAAUUAUUCAGAGUGAGCGAUCAACACAACCGCGAAUAUGGAAUAUUGGAAGUAAAAGACGCUCGUCUACAUUUCCGAUAUAACCUUAAUUCCUUGAGAACCGAAGAACGUGAUGUGUGGUUAAAUUCUGUCGCUGUCGAUGAUGGCCAAUGGCACAUUGCUCGGGUCAGUAGAUAUGGAAGUGCUGCGACACUAGAGAUAGAUGGCGGUGAGGGACGACGGUACAACGAAACAUUUACAUUUGAAGGUCAUCAGUGGCUUCUUGUAGAUAAACAAGAAGGUGUUUACGCUGGCGGAAAAGCCGAAUACACUGGAGUGAGAACCUUUGAAGUGUAUGCCGAUUUCCAAAAAGGUUGCUUGGAUGAUAUAAGAUUGGAAGGAAAACAUUUACCUUUGCCGCCGGCUAUGAAUGGAACGCAGUGGGGUCAAGCAACAAUGGCCCGUAAUCUCGACCGCAAUUGUCCUUCAAACAGUCCUUGCAUUAACGUGCACUGUACGGAACCCUUUGUAUGCGUCGAUCUGUGGAACGAAUACGAAUGCACGUGUCCGGGAGGGUCCGUCCGUGCUGGCAGUACUUGUAUGAACAUCAACGAGUGUUUGGAGCGGCCUUGUUUAAACGGAGGCACGUGCGUAGAUCGAGAGCCUACCAGAAGAUAUGACUGCAUAUGCAGUUUCGGCUACGCCGGUCACGACUGCGAACUCGAACUUCUUGCUUCAGGAAUAAUUACACCCUCGAGAGACUUCAUUAUAGCUAUUAUAGUUUGUUUGUUCAUGCUUUUAGUAUUGGUGUUGGUAUUCGUGGUGUACAAUCGACGUCGCGAGGCACAUAUCAAGUACCCCGGUCCUGAUGAUGACGUUCGCGAGAACAUCAUUAACUACGAUGACGAAGGUGGCGGUGAAGACGAUAUGACCGCUUUCGAUAUCACCCCUCUGCAGAUACCGAUUGGAGGACCUCUGCCCGAUCACGCACCCGCUAAACUACCAUAUCCAUUGAUCGGCGUUGGCUUAGGCGUUGGUCCAAUUGGCGUUGGAGUUGGAGUGCCUCCCGGUGUUGGGAUGCCGAUGCCCGGCGAAACCAACGUUGGUCUGUUCAUCGAGGAACACAAACGGCGCGCUGACAGUGACCCUAACGCACCGCCCUUCGACGACCUGCGUAACUACGCUUACGAAGGCGGCGGCAGCACUGCUGGAUCAUUAUCCUCGCUCGCUUCUGGCACCGACGACGAGGCCCACGACUACGACUACCUGGGGGCCUGGGGUCCGAGGUUCGACAAACUCGCCGAUCUGUACGGGCCCGACCUCGACGAGCAACUGUAAAAACGUACCGACAAACGCGCGACUGCGCGCUCAUUUAGUCAAUUGUCUCCCACUAUCGUACCCGCUAAGUAACUCUAACAUGCUGUAUCGGGAGCCCACUCCUCACCGACGCGUCUUCAUCCUGUAAAUAAAAAGCUCCCGUGUUAAAAUGAGCACGGGCCGCUUUGACUUCGUUCGUAAUCUCAACAAUUUUAUACGACCUUAUUUACAAGACAUACUUAGCUUUACAAUUGAUUUUAUUAUUAUAGAUAACUUAAUUGCGUCGUUUUGUAAGGUAAAAUAUUUCACCAAAUAUUCGUUGUAAGUUUAUUAUUUGUAUUAGCCAUAUUAUGAGUCAGUAUUUUAUUGGAUUUAACGUAUGUCGGCUUAUUUCUGAGGGAGGAUCGCGCUUGAAUUUCAGAACGGAUGUAGAUAGUGUGUUGUAAGGAGAGUGAAUAAUUUAUACGAAUAUUUUGUAAGAGUGCAAAUUUACGUAAUAUCAGUUGGAUCGUCGACCUUCCCUCGUGAAACAGCAACUAGUGUUUAAUAAAUAUAAUACGUUUAUAUGUAUUUUAAUAUAGCAAUUAUUGAAUAUCACGAAAUAACAUUAGAGUCAACGAUGCAUGAUGCUCAUACGAAACGAAAAACUUAUUAAGGGAGCUGUAUAUAUAUAGUAAAGAUAUUGAAGCUCCUACUUUUAAAUAAAAAUAUAAAAUAUUGGAUACGCUAAUUGAUACGCGUAACUGUACAGUAAUUGGUGUUCCUCUCCUAAAGUCUCCACGUAGUGCUAGUUAUAUAGAAUAUUCGGGAACGACUAAAGUCUACUCGUGCAGUAGGUUAAUAUGAUAUAAUAUUAUGAUAAUAGGUAAUGGGUCGCUGAACUCCUCACUCUGUGUGCGUAUGUGUUAUGCGAGUAUGAAUGAGCAUGAGUACCUCAUGUACCUGUGUGCGUGUAAGAGAAUGUGUGCGUCGGAUGUGUGUACAAAGGCACGGCGACGGGCGCGUCCUAAAGAAUGGGAUUGUGCCAAUACUAAGAAUCCCCUGAGCGGCUAUGACAGUAGAUUUAAAUCUCAGCACAUUAUUUAUUCGUAUGAUAACAAUAUUAAAUUUAGUCGCACCUAGAAAAAUAUCAAUAACUUAUUAAGAGUGUUGUGCUAGAAUAUUUCGAUUCAAUUUUGACGUGAGACGCGCCUUUAGAAACGUAGAAGUCAUUAUUUAUAAAAUUAUUUUUAAGGUUUAAUAGUAAAAUUAUUAAUCUACGUGCCGUUUCACGUCAAGAUCGGUGUACAAUCACUGUACGUCUAGAGUAUAAUGUUGCGUUAAAAUGACUGAUUUUUAUUACAUAUGCGUUUGAAGUCUAAGAUUUUUUUAAGUCCUUGUUCAAAUAGAUUUCUAAUUACAGGCCUCAUUAUAAAUUCACCCUCUAGUUUGCACCGAUGACAAAUAAUAGUUAAUAUUGUUCAUGAUCAAAUGUUAAAAACAGUAAUAAAGCAUUUCUCGUUAAUUAAUGUAAUUAUAAGUAGAAUUUCAUAGAUGUUACAUAACUAUUUAUUUUUAUGUCAUUACACUGCCAGUUACAUACAUAUAGAUGAGUAACGAUAGCGGCUCGGGUCCGGUUUUAUAUUUUGUCUUAUAUAACAAUGUAUUGUAAGUUUUUUAAACUGUUUUUAUAACGUUUUUUUUUCACGACACAGUUUCGAUACGAAGCACGCGAUUUUUAUGCUCUGCAGAUUUCGAUGGGUUUUUUAUUUUGUAAUUUUAUAAUAGUAAAACGAUUCCGUAGUUACCCCAUUGAAAUAGAUCAGUUCAAAAUUGUAUGCGCACAACUCAGGAAUUUGAUUUUAGUGGAACACCAAAGUUAAUGAAAUAUUUGUAAAGAAGUAAUAGGAUGAGGACUAAUCUCGGAAAUGGUGCAAUUCAUUAUACAAUUCAAUUUUCUUUCUCCCUUUGAUUAUUAAAUAUCAAAAUACGUAAGUAGUAAGGAAAGUGCUGUAAAUCUAUAUUUUAUUAAAAUCAUCUCCUCGCUGUGAACUCGCGAAAUAUGCAGUUUUACAAACAAAGCUUCACAAAAUGGUGAGUUUUAAAAUGCAAUACAAAUGUUAAUCUCUUUAUUUUUCAGGCUAGAGAUAUUAUUUUAAAACCUUUUUACAAUGUUGAAAAUUAUUUAAAGAAAUAUAUAUAUAUACUAUCGGGUAUGCUUACAGUGAAUUUGUGAAAACCUAAUUAAGGAAAAGGCUGACGCACACUUUCGAGAAAUAGAUUUUAUCUGCGCGUCGCACGAAUUUUCAAAUAUUAUAAUAAAUUUAAGUAGUUUCCGUUGAGAGUAAUCUCAUUAAGAAUUCUGGUAACAAACAUUUGCGCAUUUGUUGAUGAAAUUCGAUCACAAUCACUCACAACUCAAUAAUUUAAUUUUAUGGAAAACAAAUGCUCUUUUAUUUCCAUUUGUUCUUGUAAUGGUGAGAUAGAAUACUUUUUUCAAUACACAAUUUUAUUGAUAAAACUUAGACCUGUCAAUACAAAACCGAUCGACAGACAUAGCAGAAAAAGAUAUUGAGUUUUUUUUUUGUUUUGUCUCUUUAUGUAUAAAUAUAGCGAGGAAUCAAUCGAAAUCUCUAGAAAAAUUUAAUCUUAAAGGAUUUUUGUUUCAUUACUGUAAUUGAAAACGAAAUUGAUGGGGAUAGUUUUUAUUCAUUUCACAUAAUAUUAUGUAUACAAAAAUUAGACUGCAGAGCACGAAAUCUCGAUACAUUGAAAUACUCGAAGACGCUGUAACACGUCUAUUGAUCAGAUUUAUAUUAUGAUUUUAGUAAUAAUUUUGAUAUUGUACCGCGUGGUUAUGUUUUGUUUCAACUGUGAUUAAUUAGUUGUACAACUCUGAUGACGAUUACAUAAAAGAUUAAAUAAAAAAUAUGGAAA